AUGGACAAAAAGCGGCCAACUGACGAGGAAAUGGCGGCGGAGAAACCGUUAAAACCGGUACUCCAGAAACCUCCAGGCUUCCGUGAUGAGCAGAGCCCACCAGCAGCAUCGGCGGAGCCGUCUGGAUCAGCGUCGUUUCCACGUCGUCGGCCGAGGCCUAUGCAUCCGGCGCCAAUCUACGCCGAGAAGACACGUCGCAGGAGCCGCUGCCGCGUUUUCUGCUGCUGCUUCUGUAUAUUCUUCGCCGUGAUUCUUCUCCUCCUCCUCAUCGCCGGCGCUGUUUUUUUCUUUUGGUACAGCCCGAAACUCCCCGUGGUCCGACUUGCCUCCUUCAGAACCAGCAACUUCAACUUUUCCAGCGGGAAAACCGACGACGGUUGGUCUUUUCUGACGGCGGAUGCGGCGACGAUGCUCGACUUCAGAAACCCUAACGGAAAGCUUGGGUUUUACUACGGAGAUGCUGACGUGGCUGUGAUCCUCGGAGAGAAAGACUUUGAGACUAAUUUGGGGUCAACUAAAGUCAAAGGCUUUGUUCAGAAGCCAGGGAAUCGGACGGCGGUGAUCAUCCGGACGAGAGUGAGGACACAACAGGUGGAUGAUCCGACGGCGAAAAGGUUACGGACAGAGCUGAAGAGUAAAAAGUUGCUCGUGAAGGUGUCGGCUAAGACGAAGGUUGGAUUGGCUGUUGGCAGUCGCAGGAUUGUUACUUUGGGCGUUAGUCUCAAAUGCGGUGGCGUUAGAUUGCAAACUCUUGAUUCGCAAAUGGCAAAAUGCACCAUCACAGUGUUGAAAUGGUACGUAUUGUUAAUAUAG